GAGAGAGAGAGGGGGAGCGCGUGCGCGUGUGAAGCUGGUGGGUGACAGCUGGGAUCGCUGCGCGCCGCGCUCCAGUCUGCUAAGAGGCUUCAUCUCCAAAUAGGAUGAGCGUCGGCUUUGGCUGCGUUCAGCUCCACGCGUAGUUUCGGGACACCCGGUUCGUUCAAUCUGCCUGAAGGAGUUUCAGAGGCCAAACGUCGGCUUUUUGUCCCUCUCUCCUCCUCCGCGUGGAUUUCCGAUGGAUAUUCCGCUUUGAAAAGGUAUGAUUUAAGCGCGGCAUGUAAUAUUCAUAAAAAAGAAGCGCAAGAGAAAAGUAGCGCUCCUAUUGUAAUUCUCCAGCGAACACCGACUGACUGCCUUCAGAGCGCCUUCAUGGAUUAAUAAAAGAGCGACGUUCCCACUCCGAGCGAGGACAUCCAUUUAUGAGCUGAAGGUCGAGAUACAUCUGUAGCAGAGGACCAGCUGCAGCGGUGUUGGUGCGACCAUGAGGUCAGAGGCCUUCUUACUGUACUUCUCACUACUGCAGAUUGUUGGGGCGGGCUUUCCCGAAGACACUGAGCCUAUCACAAUCUCACACGGUAACUACACAAAACAGUAUCCAGCCUUCGUGGGCCACAAACCUGGUAGGAACAACACCCAGCGGCACAAACUGGACAUCCAGCUCAUCAUGAUCAUGAACAGGACUUUAUACAUCGCAGCCAGGGAUCACAUAUACACGGUGGACACGGACACUGCCAAUGGUGACGAGAUCUUUUUCAGUAAGAAAAUGACAUGGAAGUCCAGGCAGGCAGACGUGGACACCUGCCGAAUGAAAGGAAAGCACAAGGACGAGUGUCACAAUUUCAUCAAAGUCCUCCUGCAGCAAAAUGAUGACACCUUGUUCGUCUGUGGAACAAAUGCUUUCAAUCCAUCUUGCAGAACCUACAAGAUGGACACUCUGGAGGCUCUGGGAGAAGAGAUCAGUGGAAUGGCACGCUGUCCAUAUGAUGCUAAACAUGCUAAUGUUGCCCUUUUUGCUGAUGGCAAGCUGUACUCGGCCACUGUAACAGACUUUCUAGCGAUCGAUGCGGUCAUUUAUCGUAGCCUAGGCGACAGCCCGACUCUGCGCACUGUCAAGCACGACUCCAAAUGGCUCAAAGAGCCCUACUUUGUCCAAGCAGUCAAUUACAGGGAUUUUAUCUACUUCUUCUUUCGGGAAAUUGCCAUGGAGUAUAACACUAUGGGAAAGGUGGUGUUUCCUCGGGUGGCCAGAGUUUGUAAGAAUGACCGUGGAGGCUCACCCCGUGUCCUGGAGAAGCAGUGGACAUCCUUUCUCAAGUCCCGCCUAAACUGCUCCAUCCCCGGGGACUCCCACUUCUACUUCAACAUCCUACAGGCAGUGACGGAUGUAAUUCACAUCAGCGGGAGGGAUGUAGUGAUGGCAACCUUCUCCACACCUUAUAACAGUAUUCCAGGCUCAGCAGUGUGUGCCUAUGACAUGGCGGAGGUGGCCAGUGUGUUCACAGGGCGCUUCAAGGAGCAGAAAUCCCAAGACUCCACCUGGACGCCUUUUCCUGAAGAGAGGGUUCCUAAGCCAAGGCCCGGAAGUUGUGCCGGCACUCCAUCCAUGGAGAGGUAUAAAGUCUCCAAUGAGUUCCCAGAUGACACACUCAACUUCAUCAAGAUGCAUCCACUCAUGGAUGAGGCUGUGCCCUCCAUCGCCCACAGGCCCUGGUUCCUCAAGACAAUGGUCCGGUAUCGUCUAACACGUAUUGUCGUGGACAAUGCAGCAGGUCCUUAUAAGAACCAGACAGUGAUCUUCCUGGGAUCAGAGAAAGGCAUAAUCCUUAAAUUCCUGGCCAAGAUAAACAAUGGCUUCCUCAAUGAUAGCUUGUUUCUGGAGGAGCUCAGCGUCUACAACCCUGACAAAUGCAGUAUUGAUGGUGUGGAAGACAAGAGAAUCAUUGGCAUGCAAACAGACAGCAAGAGUCACUCUCUGUGGGUUGCUUUCACCUCCUGUGUGGUUAAAGUGCCACUGUCUCGCUGCGAAAGGCACGGAAGGUGUAAGAAGUCCUGCAUAGCAUCCAGAGACCCGUAUUGUGGCUGGGUGUCCGAAGGAGCCUGCAGACAGGUGGUUGGGAACACCAAAUCAGCCUUUGAGCAGGACGUGGAGCAUGGCAACACAGAUGGCCUGGGAGACUGCCAAAAUACCUUCGUGGCAUUGAAUGGCAAUCAUUCCAGUGAUGAAGGCCACCAUCACCACCAUCAUCACCACACCCUCUCACUGCCCACCUCGGCCUUACCCGAGGCCGCCGAGGGCCCGCUGGGGCGGGGCCGCAUGGUGGAGCGGAAGGACCCCCCUAUGAGUUCUGACAAAGGGGAGGACCCCUACUUGGCCGUGCCCUCUCAGACUCAGCCCGAAGCCAAUGGUGUGAUCCGAGAGAGCUACCAGAAGGGUCGUGACCAGCUGGUUCCUGUGACUUUGUUGGCUAUCGCGGUCAUCCUAGCUUUUGCCAUGGGUGCGAUCUUCUCUGGCAUUAUUGUCUACUGUGUCUGUGACCACCGCCGUCGAGAUAUUGAUCUGACAGGCCGCAAGGAAAAGGACAGUCACCACCUGCAUUCCCGCCGGGGGUCCAUGAAUAGUGUGACCAAGCUGACAGGCCUGUUUGAGACACAGGCCAAAGAUGGACACCCUGAGGCUAUUCUCACCCCUUUGAUGCAUAACGGGAGACUGACAUCACAUGGAAAGAUGUUAAUCAAAGCAGACCAGCACCACCUAGACCUCGCUGCUCUGCCAACGCCUGAGUCCACCCCCAUGCAGCCCCGCCGUAAACCCAGCCGAGGCAGCCGUGAGUGGGAAAGGAACCAGAACCUCAUCAACGCUUGUACAAAGGACAUGCCACCUAUGAACUCACCCGUUAUCUCGACAGAUCUGCCCCUGAGGGCCUCACCGGGACACAUCCCCAGUGUGGUGGUCCUGCCUCUGCCACAGCAUCAGCACCAACUUCAGCCACAUCUCCAGCAGUCCUACCAGCAUGAGUACGUGGAACAGCCCCACCACAGUGACAUCACCAUGGGCCACAGCGUCAUAGACGACCAGGGUGCCACUCUGGAGUACAAAACUGUGAAAAGUCCCUGUCACAACCUCACUAUGAUGGAUCCAGAUGGCGUGAUGCCUCCCCGUGUGCCCCAGCGAGAGGCUUCUCUCACCGUCCCCCCCGCAGUCCCACAGAUGGGCAAACGUCUGGAGGUCCACUCAUCAGUUUACGGGCUUCGGAAAGGAUCUGGAUCCUCUGCUUCCGGAUUGUCUGCCCUUAAGAAGCACAACACCAACUCAUCUAACUCCUCCCAUUUGGCGAGACAUCACAGCUUCAACCGUGUGGAGACUCCGCCCCCUGCGCCUCAGAGGGUAGACUCCAUACAAAUGACAGCCCAGGGCAUAUCUCUGUCGCGGCAGUCUGGAAUGAGCUCCUACGGUUCCCUGCCUCGAACAGGCAUCAAACAUCUCAAGCCUGAUGUUCCACCGAAACCCUCCGUAGUCUCACUCUCAACAAAAGUCAAGUCCAGUGACUCUUGCACAUAGUCGACUUAUUAGCCUGUCAAUCCAGUGUGGGAGGACAUUAGGCAGAGGUUUCUCCAACGGGGAGAAAAACAGGGAACACUGUACAACUUGCAUCUGCUUUUAGUGUUUUGGUUGUUUUUGUGUACAGUACAGUGGAAAAUACAACACAGUUUUUUUUUUAAGAAAACACUUUUAUAUAAAUAUGUAAAUAGUAUAUAAAUGGUUGUUGUCUUUUUGUCAGAGUCAUGCUCUGGCUGGAUUCCAGUUUCUGUGUGGCCACACAUGGGAACGCGCUACUGAAACAGAUGGCGAUGACGCUAGUUCUCAAUAUUUCAUCCAUUGGCACCCUGUAGCAUCCACGAUGGCGACUGUCUCGUAUGUGUUGUUCCUGCCUAUUGGGAUGUGACUGAUCAUGCUGGUGACAGACAGUACAGGUCAUGUGAUGGGUAAUCAUUGUACAUUAUCAUGCGGACUGGGGAAUGGGAGAGUGAAUUUGAACUGGGAGAACAGACUGCCUGACCGAUGGUGGAAACUGUGAAAAGCCUCUCAGUGUUACAGCAAUCACGUCCUGCCGGCUUUGUCAGAAAGCCUGGACCACAAACUGGUUACUGAAUAACACAGGACUUUUAAUACUAAUAACUUGUUGUAUUUAUUUUUAUUAAGUGCUUUUGAAAAAAGUCAGACUUUUUUAGGCUCGGUGAGAGAAAGGACUGGAGAUAAAUCUUUCAUCAUAAUCAAUCACAAGAAAAAAGAAAUUUAUUUAAAGUCAUGAAACUGGAGCCAGUAGAACUUUCUUGAUGACGUAGGUCUUAAGUGUGUGCUCAGCGGGAUACAGAUAUUUAUUUAAACUGUGCCAGAUAGGGACUUUACAAAACCAGAAUCUCCUAUUAUUUUAGACCAAUCACAGAAAGACUUCCUGAAUCUCACUUUUUUACUCCUCCAAUGAGCAUCCUGCAAUCAGCACUGUGUUUUUUUGUUUUGUUUUUGUAACACUUGUCCUGAUUGGCCGCUGGCUUACAGGUGCCAUCCCAGCUCGCCGCUGCACGCUGCAAAACAACUACGAGAAGCAGCUGCAGCAGCAGCAAAGACAGUAUGGAAAUCUACACGAUAAGACGUAAAGCUGCAAGCAACGAAGCCACGCCUCCGUCACGAAAUCACGCAUAUGAGCCGGCGAAAUAAAAAAAGUAAAAAAAUAAAUAAAUAAAUCUUUAUGUUGCCUGUUACUUUUCCACAUGUAAAUUUGUGCCUUACACCCUCAAGUAGUGAUGACAUUUUUUUUCCUUUAAUAGCUGUUAACUUGUCUCCUUGUAGUAUUUUUAAAAUGAUUUUGUCUACAUUAUAAUAUAUCCCUGGUUUGAGAAAAAAGCAAUGAAUGAAUGUAGGCGUUGUUGUAAUUUUGGUCCCGAAACAUUUAACACAUUCACAGAUCAGAGAGAGGACUUGUCAAUGCACGCAUGCACACACACGCAUGCGCGCGCGCACACACACACACACACACACACACAUUCCCACCUUUGCAGUUCAUUUCUGAUUGUGCCAUUAAUGUGCUUAAAGCAGCCCUUUAUGUUGUGGCAUUGUCAACAAGAAGACCUUUUUGAUUUUCUCUUUUAUGCAUCAUAACAGUCCUGUUUCCUUCUUACUGUUUUUUUUGCUGUUUUGUUUGCAGUGACAUUUAACUGACUGAUUAAUUUAACAGUUAACAUUUGUUACUUAAGAAGGCCAGUGUAUGUGUUUCUAAUGUGACACUCACAAGGCUACAGUGUGACGUGCACGCGAGCACUCGCUGUCGCAACGCGGUCGUCGGCUUAUCGUGUGCAUCGUAGCUCUGAGCUGUUCAGGCAUUUGCAAAAAAAAAAAAAACAGGCUGGUUCCUGUGAGUAAAGGUAUGAUAUUUAAAAAUAAUAAAUAAGCAGACUAAUUAACCCCCUUUUGUGUAGGUGAAACCAGUUUAGACUUUUAAUUUUGUUUCACUAACUCUCAUUUUGAAGUCAUUAAGAGCAGCUGAGAGUUUGAAUAAUACCAGUCUGACCACUUUUCUUGUUGUUGUUUUUAUGCCCUUUCUAAUCCCCUAAUGUGUAAAUCAACUGAGCACUAUUAUUGUUGUGUGUGUCGUAAACUUUUCUUGAUAUGAAGCAAUUUUCUGUUUCUCAAUGGAGGAAAGCCAACUAUGUCUCGAUCCACAGCUGACGGACUCCUAAAUCACGGAGUCAUGUGCAACAGAUUAGGUCAAAGCGGGAACCGUGGGGGAGAUGUCCCAUUAGGAAGAUAGUCUGGGGUCAGUUGACACUUUUAUCCCAGUGAUUACUUAAAGCUCUGAUCUUCAGAGGACAAAAUGACCCACAAUUAUUAUGAAGCACUGCAUUUCCUGAAGACUAUCAGAAUGAAAUUAUUGUAGAUGGGGGUUCUUAGGAACCACCAAACCGCAUUUUACACCCUUAAAGCUACAGUGUGUAUUAACCAAAAUAGAAUAUAUAAUUUGUAACCAUCUGUUCAUCCUUGUAUAAUUACUUGUAACAAUGAUUUGCUGUGUUUUCACACUCUUAACAUGAGCUUGUCAUAUCUACAUCGGAGUGGGCCCCCUCAUGGAGGCUGCCAUGUUGGGCCACCAUGUCGGUUUAGUUGUCCAGAAGAUACAGAUGUUUGCAUUUUCCAGCAAGGCUGGAAGAAUGAAUACAAAUCAGUGGUUACUCACCUAUAUAUAGUCUACUGGUUGCUAGUACAGGCUAAGAUGUUUGAGAACCCUCAUUUUUGUGAAAUGGAGGACCAUAUAUACUGUUUAUCACAAGAGAAGGCAAUGGCAGCAUGACUACCCAUCGCCAAAGAAACAAAAAGACAAAGGGGACCAAUAUCGCAACCGAUUGCAUAAUGCAAUGUGCAACCUUACCACUAGAUGGCACUAAAUCCGACAUACUGUAGCUUUAAGCAUCUAGACCAGGAGCAAUGCUGAAACACAAGAAAAUAUUUCUUGCCUCAAAGUGUUUUAUUGUGCAUUAGAACACUGCAGGGUCCUGCCUUGAAAAAUUGCCACGUCCGUACAGGAUGUGAACAAAAAAAUUUAGACAAGGCCUAAAUGUUACAUGUUCACAUGCUGUAUUGACGAAUACGUUAAACUGUGGGUUUUUUCAGAUUUAAAUGUGUUGUCAGUGGGCUCAGAGCCUUUUUAUAAAGUCUGAGUUGAGUUUGACUGUGAAGGCUGCUGUGGACAGUGAGGUUCUUUGGUGUGUGCCUUUUUGUCUUUCACCCUUGUUAUAAUACACUGCUGUUAGAUGCAAAUCAACUCUUCUCAACUUUUUGAACUUUGUAAACUUGUAAAAUAUUGUGAUGUCACAAGGUUUUUGCUCUACUCUCUCCACUUCUUUAACAUCUGAUUCACAGCUUAAUGUAUGUUGUAAAGAAGAAAAAGAAGAAGAAAAA